GGCGGCGGCGGCUCCGGGUCCCUCCGCCCAGGCCGGGCCGGGCCGGGCCCGCGAUGCAGCCGGCGUGGCCCCGCUGAGGGAGGCCCGCCCGCCCGGGGAGCCAACAUGCGGAGCGGCGAGGAGCUGGACGGCUUCGAGGGCGAGGCCUCGAGCACCUCCAUGAUCUCGGGGGCCAGCAGCCCCUACCAGCCCACCACGGAGCCCGUGAGCCAGCGCCGCGGGCUGGGCGGCCUCCGCUGCCACCCCGACUACCUGCGCCGCGCCCCGGGCCGCCUCAAGCUCGCCCAAGUGGUUUUGGCCCUAAUUGCAUUCAUCUGCAUAGAGACCAUUAUGGAAUGUUCCCCGUGUGAAGGGCUCUAUUUCUUUGAAUUUGUGAGCUGUAGUGCAUUUGUAAUUACUGGAGUUUUGCUGCUUAUGUUCAGUCUCAAUCUUCACACAAGGAUACCACAGAUCAACUGGAAUAUUACAGAUUUGGUCAACACUGGACUCAGCACCUUCUUCUUCUUUAUCGCCUCUAUAGUACUUGCUGCUUUGAACCAUAAAGCUGGAGCGGAAAUUGCUGCUGUGGUUUUUGGCUUCUUGGCAACAGCAGUGUAUGCUGCAAAUACUUUCUUAGCUGUGCAGAAAUGGAGAAUGAACAUCCGACAGCAGAGCACCAACGAAUACAUUCGUGCACGGACAGAAUCACGGGAAGUGGAUAGCCGUCCUGAGAUACAGCGUUUGGACACAUGAGAAGGAGCAUCUGAACGGAACUGUAGGCUGAGAGAGAAGUCACCAACAAAGAAAACUUCCUCCUCUCUCCUCCCUUUCCUGAUUUUCCCCCAAGCUCCCGCCUUCAUUUUUCAUUAUUUCAUCAUAUCAAACUUUCAUACAAUUUAAAAUUUUAUUCUUUUUAAGAAACAGUUGAUCUUGGCCUAGAGCAUUCACAGCAGCGUCUUUAAGGAGCUUCUCUUAAUCCAUCAGAUGUCCCGGCUGAAGAUCCAGAGAUCUCAACAACUUUUAAAGAAGGAAGUGCUCUGGAGUGUCCACACUAUUAUGGUUGCUGUUUUUCAGCUGUUAACUUUAAUUCUGUGUACAGACUGCAUGUGGUUUCAUUAUAAACUAUCAUUCAGUCCAAAAUCUUCAUGACGAACGAAGGUCAAGAAUUUUAGGGCAGGUGACAAAUGUAGAUUAAAUGUGUACCUAGAAAAUGAGUUAAGGGGUGAAUGGCACCAGUUUAGGUCAGUCAACAGCCUUCAUGGGGUGACCUCUGUGGACAGAGAACUAUUGUAGUUAUUCACAGCCCAUGUUAAUGUUUGACUGCCGUAUAACCCCUUAGUUCUUGUCCUCCAUUUUGGGCCUGUGGAUUUGGCCUGUGGAUAGCUGAGACAAAUCGUGAAGCUAAAAUUAUGGAAUUGAAAACUUUGGUAGCAUGGACAGAAGUCAGCUGGAGUCUGUUGGGUUUGGACUAUGAAACACUGGUAACAUCAUGGGCAUAAAGAGCACCUAAGCAGUUAGGACAAUGAACUCUAUGUUGGUACAUUUUAUUUCAGGCCGUGACAGAAUGUCGCUGUGCAUUUUCCAUAAGCAACUAUCUUGAGUCCGAGUGGGAAUCCUAAUUCCCACAUUCCUACCGAACCUGAAUGCUGUGAGGCUGAAUUUGGAGAAUUUUCACCUGAAUUUAUAAUGAUGUCCCCUAGACAAAACAUAUCACCACUGUGGCCCAUUGACUGUAGAUGGAAUGUUUGUGUAUUUCCUCGUAUGUGUGUAUAUUACAUGUGCGUAUUUACACACAGACUACAUGCAUAUGUGUCAAUCUCUACACCACACCAGAAUCUAUUCUUUGACUGUGUGUUAUGCCCAAAAGGGUCUUUCAGGUUAAAGGAGUAUGUGAUGGUACUAGAACAAGCUUCUACAUACAGUGAAGUACAUUUUCCUUUGGUCACAAGUAUUGUGCAUGACCAGUCAACCAAAUCUGUUUGAAGUAAAGUUCCCAUCCAGAAAGACUUGAGGGUAUCCCGGUUAAUUUAAUAUUCAGAUUUAAAUUGGGCUAUCAUGCCUUUUGAACACUGCAGAGAUCCAUGAUUUUUCAUCUGUGUGGGUCCUGCCUCUAUUGAUUGCAAAUUGCAACCCCUUUCUAUGCCUUAAGUCUCCAUGAAUUUCUGUGGCUGAAAAAGAUUCAUUUCCUUGUGGUCUUCCUUCUGGUGAUGAGUUCCUCUGUCUGCUUCAUGUGACUAGUUCUCAGACAGCAGAUGUACAACCUGACUCUGAACUCAAAGUCAAAAUCAAAAAGAUUUUGGUUUGCUGCAGGACCUGCCAAAUUGUGCUCUGUUCCCUUCCAUUUGAAGCGUGCAGGUUCACCUUCAUACCACAAGGUGUCAUUAGACUAGGAGUCAUUAGACUUAGCAGGAGUUUACCAUACACACUGUCAAUUCCAAGAGAACUAAGUACAGUAAGACACUAAGACUAUAUGAACCAUAAUAUAUUCACUCUUCCAUUCAUCAGAUAUUUAUUAAUUUUAAUGCACUGUGCUUUGCACUUGGGGAGGUACAAAGAUGAAGAGGACAUUCUUUGCCCUCAAGGAUAUUCUUUCUUUGAUUUGAAAGUCACUCCAAUAUAUCAUAGGUCUCAGAUUCUUUGUUAUGAAGAGAAGUUACUACCAUACAAUACUGUCAAGAAGUUCUAUUUAAGUUUUCUUUGUUGUGUAGAUUCUGGAAUUUACAGAGAGAAGUUGAAUUGCAAUGUAUUGCAUCUUCUCUUGAAGAUUAUAUCUAUGGAAUGUGGGGGGGGGGCACCAUUUAAUUUGCUGGAUUGUCAAAGUUUGGAUUGAUUUAAAUGUUUAUAAAUCUCUCUCCAGCUUGCCAUUAGGUAUUUGCCAAGGAAAAGAACAUUUGCUGCUGGUCAGAGAAUCUGAAUUUUUCAGUAAAAUGUUGGGUAUCCCUCGAAUUUUUUUAAUGAAAGAUUUAGUACACAGUUUCAAUUGUGUAUUUACUAUGUGUUAGCAGGUGUGUGGGUACAUGCACACCUGUGCACCUGCAUGAUUUAAAUGCAUUUCAUUCAUUGCAUAUUUCACUUAGUGCAACUUUAUUGUGUGAGGUUGAUAAAAUUACCCAUUUGGGGCAUCUGAAAGUCUAGUUUUCCUGCAUUUAAAAGUAUGUCAGUUAAAUGGUAACGACAUUUAGCUUCAGUUGUGAUGCUCCAUUAUUAAAUAAGCUUUACUUGUGCAUCUUGUGCUUGGGCGGCACACGCAGUAUCUCCAAAUCAUUGUGUCUGGCCUUGGGGAGCAACUGUAUUGUCUGCCACACCUGAAAGAACCCUUGGCAUCUCCACUCUUCUAGGAACCCACCCCAGUAGCAUUAGUAUUUGCUGGACUGCUUUUCAUUUAAUUUUCUCAGCAAUGGAUUUAGGAAGAAUCCGAUCUCUUAGUUCCACACAUUGCUUUCACCUUCACUGUAAACACGCAUUCCAUAGAAUGCAACUUGUGACUAGGCUCCCAUGUGCUUAUGUGUUUUGUUUUGUUUUAAUUUUAAAAAGAACAGAAUCAUGCCUCUCAUCCAUUACUCAGCUUCAAAUUAAUUUAAAAGAAGGACCAUUCCAACCUGUUGCUUUUCAAUAAUUAGGGUUUAUUUUCAAGUUUCUUCUACCAAGCAUGUUCUUAGAAAGCUAUGUUUGAAAUCAAAUAUAUAGAGAAUACAAGACAGGAUGAUUACUGGAGUUUUAUCAGGUGAUCUAAAAAUAUACAGUUUACCAUUAGGAAAAGCAGGAUGAUUGAGCUAAUGCCCUUUUCUUAUAUUUGAGGAAGGGAAAGAGAUGAUUAUGAAGUAAAUUAUGAAUAGAGUGCAGGUACAUUACAAAUAAAAAUACAGUCCGUGGGAAGUCGUGAUCUUUUGAUAGGUCACAGAGUUAGAAAAUAUUAAGCAUGUAAUUGAAUACCAGUGACAGAAUUUUUGGAUGUAUUUAUUUUCUUACAAUUAUUUUUAAAUCCUUUUUGACAUGGGAAGAACUACAUGGGUUUUGUUGUAUGUAUUUUCUUGUGAUUGGAUAAUGAAUAGAAAGAAAAUAAAACAUUUCAAAUAUAGCGUAAUAUAUAAUAUAAUUUAAAUAUGGAACAUAUGGUUAAUGAAGUAGGUCUAGUCUGGGAUGAAGGUAGUAUGCUGGUAUUCCUUCUGUUAGAAUUCUUGUAGACUGACAAUGAAGGCCCUUUGUAAAUCUGAAACAGAAAAUGAAUAUUUUUCCUGGUUAAAAUCCAGUAUCUGAAUUGAUCUUAAUUUUAAUACUGAUACCUACUUCAAUUUAUUAUUUCCCAUAAAUCACAGACUGAACACAUAUUUUGUUCUAGUUGUAGGUGUUAAAAGGUUAAAGGAAACUUUCACCGUGCUUUUCUGUCUCCUGAGGUGGCAAAUGUGGCAUCAGAGGAUAAGCUCAAUGUUAAUAGUUUGCAGUUUCUUUAAUAACUUACAUCAGCUGCUGUAAACGAAACAGCAUACUGGCAUUCUGAAUGUGGGGCUUCACAUAGCUUUAGAAGUGAUAAACUGUGGAUUGGGCAUUAGAGAUGACAUUCAUAAAAGUACUUUUAUUUUCAUGGCAAAAAUGGAAAAGACAGUUUUCCCCUUUUUCCUCACGUGAAUGAUAGAUCCUUCUAGUUCUUUCUCCUCUCCAAAUGACACCAUUCAAACGCAUCACUUUUUUCUUUGGUCUUUCUUUAGACUAUUGCAGGAUGAGAAGAAUGCCUGUUCUCUUUCUGGUCUAGAGACGUCAUAAUCUCACAAGCAUGUUGGACUAUUCCUGGCUCCAAAUAAAGAUAGGAAAAGACAAGCACUUUUGCGGAUCAAGUUACUUAAAUUAGGUACAAUCCAGAAUAAGUUAAAUGAAUUUUUUUUUUGAAAUAUUUAAAAAAAAACAACAGAGGAAAGCUCCACAAGACCCAUGCACAGACUAAGCUGUGGGACGUGUCAUCGUCUGUGUUGAUCAAUGGCACAUCCGCCCCUGAAAGCUCUCCAAUAAACUCUCUUCUUGGGAAGAAGUGAGGAGGGAAGGGAUCCCCAUUUCCAAACUCCCACUCCUCCAUGGGUCUGUUCAGUCCAGAUCUCCUUAACCUCGAAGAAUUCUAGAGGAGACAGAUGAUCUGACCCUAGCUAAUUAAUGCCCGCCCUUCCUCAGCCUCUUGUCCCUUUCUCCUAUAAACUGAUGUGUUUUUGCGUCUCUCUGUUAGGCUCUGCAUAGGACGCUUUGAGUAUGACUUUGCUUGGUUCAUCUAGGAAUUGUUUCAUGAAUUCAAAGACUGGGGUUUUGUUGUGAUUCAGACUUAGGUUGAACCACAGAUGGUCUCUUUGGAGAUGAAGCAUGAAGUGUUUUGUCUGUACAAAUAUGUGAAGUCUCAUUUGCAAUGAAUCAGCCGUAAAGGAAAGGAACUAUUUAGUUCUUUUUUUUUUUAAUUGUUUUUAUGAGCCUUGAGUAACCACUAAGUCUUGCAUGACUAGAAUUUCUAUAUACUUUGGUAUGGUGGAGUCUAAAGUUACAGUUUUGUUGAAGACAAGUCCUUAGAUCUCCAUAUUUUCUAGGAAGAUAGAUCAAAGUUGCUCAUAUCCCAUCCCCAGGAGAUGCAGAGUUUCCAUUAUUAUCCCUAUGAUUUGUCUCCAUAGCAGAAUAGAAAAUGUGCAUGACUUUGGUCCUAUUUUGAUUACUUCCCACUUGGCAACCCCUUUUUUUCAUUUCUCCCUUUCUCUUGUUAGAAACAAAGAGGCCUUGAAAUUAAACUGUUGAGUUGUGGCAGCUGCUGCAGCAGGAUCAUCUGAAAGAAAGAAAAUGAUAUUAAAUAGGCCAGCUCAGUCAGUGACAGAGGUUGAUUGGUAAUCAAUCCUCAGACUCUUGGUAGUUCUGUUGGUCCAUUUGUUCCAGAUACUUUGUUAGCACUUGAGGAUGGUAUUAGAACCUGGACUUCUUAUGACUUUCUGCUCUCUCAAAAGCUCCUUUCCCUUUAUUAAAGACAAAAAUGAAUCUCUACCUACUUAGUAUUGAUAACCCACAGAUCUGUACCACAAAUGUACAGGGCUUUGGAAUCAGAUGAGCUGAGUUUGUGCUCUGACCUUGCCCCUUACUUUCUCUUACUUUGGGCAAAAUUUUUUCAUGUGUAAAAUGAGGGGGUGAAAUCAGAUGGUCUCCGAGGUCCCUUCUAGCUCUAAAUCUAUGAUCCUGGGGUUUUACAAAGAACUUUGCUUAGGUUGACCCAGUGAGGUGGGGUAGAUAUUACUGUCCCCACUUUACAUGAUGGGGAAACUGAGACCAAGAGAGAAGUGAAAUAAGUGCCUUGCUCAAGGUCACAGUGCCUCGCACAUCCCAAGUGUUUACUAUGUGUUCUAUCUUUCUAGUGGCCGUUGGAUCAGGGACUUGAGACUAACUUUCCCAUGACUCCAGCCUGCUGCCUGUAUUUCAUUUUAGGUAGAAGCAGUCUGCAUAGGUACUCCUGGAAGCUAGACAAGGGAGACAAAGAGGAAAGAACUUCCUGGAAGCUUUACUUCUUAUAACCUUGCUAGUAGGAUCUGUUCCAGGUAACCUAGUGUAGACACACUUAACCCUACCUUGCCUGAACCAACAGUUUGUGUCCAUUAAAAGGAACCCAGGUAGAAUACUGCUACCAAAUGUCAUCGUGGUGUCGGGAAACUCUAGUGUGACUGACUGCCCUUGGCCGAUCCACCAUCUGAAAUGUUCCUGUGGAAUCUCUGCCCCCCCCUUGACAUCACUCUGCUCAAACAGCAUGUUUUCUGAGAACUGGUCCACCUCAAGUGGGAUGGUCUUAUACUAGACAUUACUGGCAGACUACAAUGAUGACCAGAUUGGCUCCCCACCCAUUUGAAGGUUAUCAUCAGGAUUGACUUUCUGUGCCUUUUUUGAAUGCUGUCAGGGCCACACCCAAGAUGGAAUUCCUUUAACCUUGUAUACAACUUCUCUUCUCAGUAAGGUUCAAAUUGUUGGGAUGAUCCAAACUGCCUCACUGAGAGAAUGUGACCAAAGGAUUAAGAUAUUUACAUUUCUUAGAAACUGCCUUAGAAAUAGUCAAAGUACAUAGUUGUCCAAACAUACUGAACAAUAUAUAAUUUGCAAAAGCAAUGAGCACUGUGCUCCUCUUAAAUCUGGGAGUUUAGAUGACAAAUUUAAUUUGCUUGAAUGAUUUAGCAGGAUUGGGUAGUAAAGGAGUAGACUCUUUAAUUCUUUUUAUUACUAGCUUUCUUUUCCUUUCCUUUUUUUUUUUUUUGGACUGGAGAAUGCUUCCUACCCCCCUCCCCAAAUUUGGAUACAAUUUCUGAACCAGUGGGUAGCUGUCUACAAUAAAAUUUAACUUAUAUGUGUUUGGGUAGUGUAUGGAUUUUAUGAUAUUAUUUUGAUUAUUGUUUACACUUCCUUGACGGGAAAUAUCUUAUGUUCCUAUCAUUUGCUAGCUCAACAUUCCCUGUGUUGGUACCAUGUGUAGAUUGGCUGUGAGCUACACAGUUCAGAGAGUCUUGGAAUAUAGGUAUAAUUAUUCUCUUUUCUGGUUUCUGCUGAAAGAAAAGAAUGGGUUAUCAGAAAUCCUUAUCAUUAAGAAUUUGUCUAAAGUUAAAGGGCCUCAUUUUUCAUAGCAGUUUGUGUAUCUGUAUUUUGGAAUUAGGGCUGGUUCCCAAAGUUUCUCCUGCUAACUUCAUUCAAAAUAUGAGAAAACAAAUGAACGUCAAUUUUUUUCUUUUUGGAGGUAGGGAGCAGGGCAUGGGACUUCCUUAAUUUAGAAAUAGCAAAAUCCAUUGGUUUAGGCAUGGGGGAAAUAGGUCUUAGAAACUGAAGAUCCAGCAACCCCAAAGACAUAGUAGUACUCUUAAUUCUCUUUGGAAAGUAGGAAGCUCAGAUGAGGGGAAGAAGAGGUAAUUUCAUCCUAGUGUUUGUGUAGUGUAAAGAACCAAUUCUCGAUGUCUAAAGCAGACAUAGCUUUCUUUAUUUUUCUGCCUUGAUUUUGCCUCCCUUAUCUUUGCAUAAAUGUAUUCCAAAAGUGACAGUAAGCAGCAAAUGAUCAGUGCUUAAAAAUGUCAACCAGUCAACCCAAAGCCAGUGGUAGUAGCCACACUUUGCAGGGGAAAAGGAGGAUGUUUGUGGCAGCCUCCCCCAAUCUAGGUCGCAACUCAUCUUGAACAUGGCCAGAUGGAAACCCUGUGAAUGCUGCUUCUCACUUCGGUUGGCUUUGUAACCUCUGUCUUCUUCCAAAGAGAUUGUUGCCUCACUCUUGUUUCAGACUGUGAGCCAUUUUGAAAUGCAUUUUCAAAUGCUCCCCUUUGUUGAAAACAAAUUUCUUUGUACACCAUGGAGGGAAUCAGGCCUGUUAUCAUCUAGAUUAUAUCCAUUUGGGCCCAGUUUUUCCUCAGAUUAAAGUGGUAGGAAGUGAAGCUAUUUGUAUAUGUUGAGGUUUAUAAGGGUUCAGGAACCCAUGACAAAAAUAAUAAACUAUUUAUUACUCAUUGUGUUUUGAUUUGAAAAGUUGAUAACUGUUCUGUCUUUUCAUGUUUUUUUAAACAAAUAUAAAGUAACUACUUCACCUUUGGUGCCUUCCAAAUUGUCGGAUAAGCACUUGUUAAUCAUGAAGAUGAAAAAGAUGUAAAUUUAUUGUCAGUAAACACUAUUUUUGUAGCAUGGUCCUAUGAUCUUGUCUUUUUAAUAUUGCUUUCACUGAUGCCAAUUGUAAUAUUUAACCAGUUUUCCUUUUGUGAACUAGUCAUCCAGUUUGCACCUCCUUUUUCACCUCCAUUGGUUCAGAAGGACUGACCCUUUCCCCUGCUUCCUCUCAAUCCCUUACCUCAUUUUGUUUAAACAAGACUGAGGGUAAGAACAUUUUUAUGUGAAAUAAUGGAUUAUCAAUUCAAUUACAUCUUUUUGGGAACCUUUUUUUUUUUUUGGAAAUCCACACACAGAACUAUUUUUCCUAAUGCUUAUAGAAGGACGAGCUGAUUUCAUCAUACAAGGGGAAAAUCUAGUCAGUCACCCAUAUCUGUAUCUUCUUGGGGAUUAAAGUCCUCACCCAAGUAAGUCAUGCUAGGGAACAGUGUUGUUUGAACUGCUUCUCUCUCAGUCAUGUCUGGUCCUUUUCAUCUCCACUGCCUACUUAAAAUAAUAUAGUCAUAGAAUGGUGGAUCUGAGGGAGAGCUAUAGAGCCAUCUAGUUUAACUCCCUCAUUUGAUAGAGGAGGGGAAACCCAAAUCCUAGAGGGCUGAGUGACCUGAAGGUAACGGAAAGAACAGAGCUCAUGGAUCCUGGAGCUGGCCUUGUUUGGGAGUGAGUUCCCUAUCAUUGCUGGGAGGGGGGGAGUGCGGUGUCAAAUGAACCCUGCAUGUUUCUCAGUCGAGAGGAUUCCUGCUUCAGAGAAGAGUUGGUUUAGAUUCCAUGAAGUGACUUGUCGAAGGCCAUACAGCAAGCUUGUAGCUGAGCUGAGAAGAGAACUGGGCCUUCUCACCCCCCACCCCCCGCUUGAAUUUUCUUCUUCACUGCGCUAUCUCCACCCAAUGAGAAAGGGACAGGCCACCAGCUUCAGCUUCUUGGAUACUAUUUGGAAUCAAACUCAUGGUUUUAGAUUGGCCUGUUUGUGCCACAGAAGGGCUUUAUGGCUUUAAGUUUCCAGGUAAAAUAAAUUGCUUGGUUGUUUUUGUGUUUUCUCAGGAGGAGAAUCCUUUUCUCCUCUGUUUCAUGAGAUUGUUGAAAUGUCUAACCAAGGAAAACUCUUUAGAGGUAUGGCUAAGCCACUGCAAAACAACGCUAAUGAUUUUUCAGAAACAUCACAAAUAUAUUUUAGGGAAAGAAAGUUUAAAAAGUUUCCUUCCUCAAGUCUCCAUUUUUCCCCCUUUUGGAGGGAAAUGAGAAAGGGAGGGGUCAAAGUUAGUUCUAGAUAUUUUACAGCAGAUGAAGGGUCAGUUCAAGUGGUGAACUAAUUAUCCUGGUUUUCCAACAGCUACUUACCCAAGUUUAAGCCAGUGAUACUUUUCUUUUCCUUUAGAAAUACUAUUAACUGGAUCAAAAUUAAUCUUGAUGUAGUUUCUCUUUUCUAUAAGUGACAGAUUUCUUUGAUUCUCUCUCUGAACAGUUUAAAGGUACGAGCAUUCUACAUUUCCAAGACAACACUCAUUUUAUGAACUUGAUUUUCUGAGUGUAACCUUUGUAGGCCGUAUUUUUUUUUCUUCUGGUGUUACAGCUGAAGUUGAAGGAUUAUAAUUUCGUAAUGGUAUUCUAAAAGGUGAAUUCAAAUUUACUUUUGAUACUGAUUGUUUUAAGUUUGACAUUCUGAAAUAAAAAUGACGUGUUUUGCUUGUUAUAUAUUUUUUAAAAGGGCACAAUAUGAAGGGGUUUUUUUUUUGUAACUUCUUGAUUUCAAAUGAAGUAUUAUAUUCAUUGAUUUUUUUUUUUUUGCUCCCCAUCCAUAUUUUUACUCUCUUCCUUUUGAUAUACCACAAGUUUUCAUGGCCCUUGUCUUGAUUGUUUUCAUAGUGGUAAAAUCUGUAUUUUUGUAUGUAGGGGGAGAUAAUUUUCUCAAUACUAAUCUCUGAUAAAUAUUGUAUGAAAUUGUUGUGAAGGAUUUCUUGUUGAAUAAAUGGAUAUGGCUAAACAA